AUGAUAUCCACGUUGGCAGGCGCUGGGGAAAUCAUUACGGAGGCGUUAGAGACGAUACUGAGUGGUGGUAGGAUUGCGACGGAUAAGUUCUUUGAGGCCCUUCGUAGCGCCGGGAAGCUUCGGGAGGGUCGAUGCUUUCUUGAAGAGGUGUCCGGUGGGACGUUGGUCAUAGGGCCGUGCAGAGGCCAUGCGACUGAUUUGGCGCACUACCUGCGCGGUCGCGUCCUGGAGGAGAUCAUAAAUGAUAGGCUGAACGUCGUUUUUCUCGGCAAUUACGUGGACGGUGGACAUAAGUCAAUGGAGGUAUUGUACCUAGUGGCUCUCAUGGUGCAACACUUGCCUGGCGUCGUUGUGCCACUGAUAGGCAGACAUGAGAUGUUCUAUCCGUUUCCCCCGGGUCACUUUGGAUCCUUAAAGGCUGAGCUACACCUGCGCUCGGUGCAGUAUGGGAUUCCCUUCGACUUACUAGAACAAACAGUGAAGAACUUCUUUGCCAAGCUUCCCGUGGCCUGUGUUGUGGACAAGCGCUUCUUCUGUUCUUCCAGUGGUCUUGCGUCGGAGUAUCGUCGUUUGAAUGACAUUCGGCAAGAAGUUUCACAAUCCCGCCUAAGUGAGUUUGUUCUAAAUCAGCCCAUGGAUGAGGAUGAGGAGAAGCUGUCUUCCGGGUGGGCGUUUGUGGGAUCGCGAACGGAGACCGGGAGCUCGCUGCGGUAUACCUUUAACGCGGCGUCGAACUUCCUGGCGCGUAACGGCCUGUACACGCACAUCGGAGGCCUUGAGUACCACAUGUACCGCCCGGAGUUUGAGAACUUUGCGCGGUCGAACCACUACGCGGAGUCCACGUAUUUUCCCGGCUGGCUGCUGGGACGAAUACACCAUGAAUUUCGAGUGCCAGCCUCCAUUAUGAUUUUUUCAGCCUCUCGCUUCUGCGGGAUAAAUCAAAACUACGGCUGCGUGGUGGCAAUCCUGGGAGGGACGCUGGAGCUGCGACAGUUUGGAGCAUGUGUGAGGCGUCCACUUAUUAUGCCUGGUGAGGAGGGCCACGCCUUUUCCUGGUCGCUGGGGCUGGUGGAGACGGCGGUGAGGGCCAUCCUCAAUGAUUUGCUGUUUGCUGACAUCCCCCAGUUGACGGAUGAUGACGGCGGCAAAGCCCGCGACACCUCCGCGGAGGAGACGCAAAAAAUUACGUCAAGGUACAGGCGCAUGUGCCAACUACUGAAAAGUCACGCACUCCCAAUGCCGCGCUAG